UAAUUUAGUUUCUGAGUAUUUCGGCUUCGAAUGAAAAGAUUUAAGAUGUUAUUCGCUUGCAAAUGAUUCUUUAUACCAUGUCCGUUGAGGUUUUUUGAAUUUCUGUUAUCUUCAUUGACAAUUUUGAUUAUGCCCAAAUCUUGCUCGGCUAAGGGAUGCACAGUCAGGUUUAUAAAGGGCGCGAAUUUAAAAUUUCAUAAGUAUCCAAAAAAUGAAGAUCUGAGAAAAAAAUGGGUAGAAGCGGUUAAUCGUGAGAAUUUCCAACCCUCUGAAGCGGCUAAGCUUUGUAGCAAGCACUUCCAGCCAGAUGACUAUUAUAUUAAUGUUCAUGGUAAUAAAUGUUUGAAGAAGGAAGCAAUACCUUCAGUUUUUCCGGAUCGUCCUUGGAAAAAAAAUGAUGCAGCUGCAAAUAAUAAAGAAGGAAGUGAAUUCAAACUAAAAAGGGAAUCUGACAAAAAAUCUAAUACUGUUAAGCCAAUAAACGGAAUUACAUCUGAAAAUGAACCUGCUAAAGUUCCAUAUCCAGCACACCACGUAACCAAGGAAGGAGGUAUUGUUGCCAACAAAUGUGUAUGCCUAAAGAAAUCUAGCUCUUUUGAAAAUAAUGCCUCUAAUAGUGUUGACGAGAAUCUAAAACGAAUAAAUUCAAACUUGGGUUUAUAUUCAGGCCUAGAGAAGAAAAUAGGAACGGGGAGCAGAACUAUAAAUGAUACCACUAUACAUUUGAAUGAUUUGGAAGACGAGAACUAUUAUUGGCUUCAAAUACCUAAAGUAAAAGUACCAGAGGUGCGGAAGUUGGGUUACCAAUUUGGGAAAUUAGUUGAAGAAGUGAAAUAUAUGAAGUUGCCCAAUUCUGAAUGGAGAAUAAUAAUAAUAGUUCAAAACCAGAAAAUGGUGUCUGUGAGUUUUCUAAAAAAACCAUAUCCAGAAAAAGUUGUUACAAUUAAUGGAAAAAGUUCCGUUUGUGAUAUAAUUAUAGAUCGUAAAAAUAUUGUUCUCCUAGGUUCACCUGUUUACAUAUAUUCAAUUGAAGACUUGGAAAUAAUGUUGGACAUUGUGAAUGAACUUGAACCUAAUGAUCCGAUAGUUGGCUACAUAGACUCAUAAUUAUUUGAUAGCCAAGAUUGAGAUGUGUAAAAUAAUAUUUAUGGGUAAAAAAUUAUCAUGUGAAAAGUGUAUCUUCCCCAAAAUUGACUCGCAUCGAGAAUUAUUUCAACUUUUUACUAUCCAGAUGAGUAUGAAUAAUUUUGUUGAAUAUUUUAUAUACAAACUUGUGAUCAAUUAUUAUAGAUGUUGCGCUUUUACUAAUGUUGAAAUAAUAAUAUAUUUUUUUAAGCUG